AUGUCUGUGGACUAUGGGUCGCCCUAUGGUUCGCAUUUUCAAUUAUACACCCAGCCCUUAAAACAGUCAGCAGGCGAAGAGGACGUGGUUCGUGAGCUGCUGCGAUGCAAAGCCGAUGCGAAUGCCCUCACCAGCUGCGGCAAGACGCCCAAAGACGUUGGGCUGCUCAGGAAGAUCAACGACCCGCUGCCGAAUGGUUUGGUGCGAUUCCGUGUGGAUGGUGAAAGGUUUGAGAUCCUGGAGCAGACGCUACGAGCCAAGGGGGACACCUUCCUAGUGACCGUGUUGGAUGACCCUUGGAGGGACGAUGCGAAAGAGAUUUGCGUGGAGGGCAACAAGGAGCGAUUUCGGUACAUCCUGGACUGGUACCGCUAUGGUUCGAUUUUGCUACCUCGGAGCAUUGGCCUGGCAGAGAUGAAGCGGGACUGCGCCUUUUUCCAGCUGCCGGAGGAUGUCCAGAUUAAGCAUGAAUCUGCUACACUUGCCCAAG